AUGGCGGCCCCGCCGCCGCCCGCCUUUGACAAGGAGAAGAAGAAGAAGGAGAGCAUCUUGGACCUCUCCAAGUACAUCGACAAGACGAUCCGCGUGAAGUUCCAGGGCGGCCGCGAAGCUAGCGGAGUCUUGAAAGGAUUUGACCCCCUUCUGAACCUCGUGCUCGAUGGUACCAUUGAAUAUAUGAGAGAUCCAGAUGAUCAAUACAAACUAACAGAAGACACACGCCAGCUGGGACUGGUAGUCUGCAGAGGAACUUCUGUGGUUCUCAUUUGUCCACAGGAUGGCAUGGAGGCCAUUCCAAACCCUUUCAUUCAGCAGCAAGAUGGCUAAUGCUUUCUUGGGACUGUCUCUUCAAGGUUGCAAGUCAUUGAGUCAGUGGAGGUGUUUCUGUGUUGGAGGAGGAACUUGCAUGUGUGUUUGCUGGUGUGAAAGGAAAUUCUAUGCUUAUUUUUUGACUUUCUGUAAGUGGCAAGAGAAUGCCUCAUGGUGUGUAAGAAGUAAGUUCUGAUUUUGUUGAAAUAAAUGUGGAAUUUGUGAUUCGGCAGAAUUGACAGGAGAGAGUAUGUUGUCUAGAAACUGUAUGAGACCCUCUUCAUAUUGUGAGUUUGAAGCAACCAUAUAAUAUUAGUAAUGAACGCCCURAAGAUUGGUAAACAUGACUUAAAUUUUUAAAUACAUUUGCGGAACAUGAUUUUCUUCCUCUUAGAUGUCAACACUUAGCUGGGAAGCAUUUUGCAUUGUGUUUUAGGCUUUCUGUUCUUGACUUCGGUCYGAUUUGCCUGUUUGUUCCUGUAUGUGCAGGAGAACUACUUCUGUUAUCACCUUACAGGCUACAUAGGUAGGAAGUUAUUUUCUAGGAUUUGUUCCAUAUCCUGUGGUCUCUGUAAUCAGGAUGUUCCCAUGUUUCAAGAGCAAGUCUAGACUUCUAGAGUAAAUGCAUGUCUUGGCUGAGCAACAUGAACAUUAUGGAAGCGUCUGUUUGAUGCAUGGAAUUUUAGAGGAAGAAUAUUUAAGAUCCUAAUGUUCUGUUACAGGCAGUGCCUGGAAAUAUUGGAUAUUUUUGUAUUUUAGAUAUCCAUUUAUGUUUUGGUUAUAGUUUCAUUUG